CGGAAAACUGCAAACCGUUUGACGCGCACAUGCCGCGAGCUGCAGCCCAUGUCAGCGGCAAGUGGCGGAGGCGGCGGAAAGGCGGUUGUCGCGCAGAACUUCCCUGCGUCUUGGGUUGCUGCAGCUGCACUGGAGGUACUGCCUCAGAAGGUGCAGAGUUUGCUGCAGCGACUGGGACCUUUGGAAGGGCCGCCGGUUGUAUCACAAGGGCCCAACGGACUGCAGGCUUUAGCAUGCUUUCAGAAUGCGAGCGAUGCCAGGGCUGCGGUUCAGACGCUGCAUGGGUUUGACAUGCGUUCUGCUGCUGAAAAACAGGCAGCCAACAACGAGGCCCCAAAGGAGAACGAAUGCUUUAGUCUUCGAAUCGCAGACGAAUCAGGUGUUGCAGGUUCAAAAACUGCAAGAAAGCGAAAGCUGAAGGCCAAUGGCAUUUUCCUGUGGCCUUUGCCCCAAAACUGGGCUGAGAAGGAUGUUGAGCUAUUGGCAUCGCCUUAUGGAACUGUGCUACGCACCAAAGUGGAAGGUAUGGCGAAUGGUCAGAAAGGAGUUCUGAUCGAUUUUCUGAAGCCCAGUGCUGCGUCUGCUGCGCAAGCAGCUCUAAAUGGUUUGUCCCUGAUGGGAGCCACAAUCAGGUGCGUGAUGCAGGAAGAACCACAAGCAGCACAGCCACUGAUGAUGUAUUUUUCAUACCUUGACGAGCUGGUGAAAUCUCCGAUAGCGCAGGAGGUUGAGCCUAAAUUGGAUGACAAGGAAAUUUUUGUGACGCACUUGCCACCAAAAGCGGGCACUGAGGACGGUGUCAGGUUCCUGCUUGGGAGCUUUGGUGACAUUGAGGAGGUGUUUCUCCUUCGAGAUGCUCAGCAAAGACCAAGUGGAAAGGCAUUCGUCCUCUUCAAGAGCCAUUCAGAAGCACGAAAAGCUUUGGAGGCCAUUCGAGGUUCAAGUGCCGAUGGUGCUUCCAAGGCAUUCUGGUCUGAGUCAGAAAGGGCCUUGAGAGGCCCGCCCCUUUCGGCAUCUUGUGUUCACCUCGUUUGGGAACCACCGCCGCACGUGUUCUUUGCAAUUGAAGGCACUCGUGGAGCUUAUGGGCUGAACGUCUUGAGACACUUGCAAGGCCAAAACGGCAGCAAGAUGCAGGAGAUUCGCAAGGCAGCAGCAGCUGGGUCGUUGCAGCUGGAGAUCCUUGACGAUACGUCAAACAAUGGCCAUGUCCUCUUUGUAGCAAGCUGCGGAGAGGCUGCUCAGGCCGAAGAAUGUUGGAGGCUCCUUUCCGCAGCUCUAGCUUGUGUGCACGAGACACAUGCUGCAGAGGUUCGAGGUAGUCUGGUUUUACGCGGUUUUCCAGCCUCGUGGUCAGAGAAGGGAUUAAAGUUUGUUUUUGCUCCUUUUGGUGGCUUGACCUCGGUCACAAUUGAGGAGGAGGAGGAGAAUGCUCAGCCAAUUUGUGUGUCUGGGGAGGUUGCUCCUUCUGGCCGCCUAGCGUAUGUGAAGUUGCGAAACAGCCAAGCCAUGGACAAGGCUGUGGCGAAUUUGCAUCAGACCAAAGUGGGUGAUGGCGACCUUGUGGAGGAAUGCAUUGUGGCUUGUCACCGAUGGCACAGCAAGUCUUGGAUCGAUGGAAGCUUCCAAGUGAGCAUUUUCAUUGAUCAGCUGGCGCUGAGCAGAAGACCACUUGAGGCUGGCCCAGGACCAGAGGACCGAGAACUAUAUGUUCGAAACUUGCCUUUGCAUGACAUGUCGCGGCAACAGCUCCAGGAGUACUUUGAGGGCUUUGGAGAAGUCGAUGAUCUGCAUCUCAAUGCCGACGCCUUCUCGAUGGAGCAAGUCAACGAGGGGUACAUACGCUUCAAAGAUCAUCGAGACGCGGUGCGUUGCAUUGAAGCUCUGACCCCGACAGAUCCAGACGAGGCAGAUCCGACUGAUUUGGCAGGUUCAUGGUCCGAGUCUGAACGUGUUCUGCAGAGGAAGACCAACUGCUACAGGUUCAAUGUGGUGGCAGAGCUUGUUGGUGCAGAUGGCUCUGGUUUGGAGAGGAUCAAAGCAGAAGCGCGACUGAAGGGGCUUUGGAUAUUGGGCGAGAGCUUGCAACUCAAGGACAAGACCGCACCAAAAGCCUGUGGCAGACAGCUUCACUUUGUCGGGCGUUGCACGGAAGAAGUGAAUGUUCGGUUUUUCCGAGAUUUGCUGGAGCGAGAACUGGAGGUCAUACACCGGAAGAUUGCUUCUCGAUUGGAAAAAAGAAAGCAGAAGGAAGUUUGUGAGAAAGAGGGCCAAAGUGCUGUGAAUGGGCAGGAACGCAUGGCUGGUGCUUGGUCGCAGCCACCGUCAUUUUGGGGGAAUCCAUCUCCCAACACCAACAACUACGAUGGGUAUCAGGCUGCUUCUGCUGGUGCAGCUUGGAGUCGGCCUCCUGAUGCUGAGAGGUCAGCCGAAAUGGAAAGAAAAGGCCAAACCCGUAGACACAAACGCAAAGAUAAAAGUGAAAAGGACAGAGGACACUCAGAAGGAAAGGAGAAGCACAGCCACAGUCGGCGGAGAAGGCGCAGAAAAGAAGAGGCAUCAAAUUCGGCAUCAAACCAUUGAAAGAUGUGAUCAGGCCUAUGAUGUGAGGUGCACGGCCAAUUGUCCAAAGGAAAGGAGAAGCAUGAUGAUGGUCCAGGGAUCUACGGUGCGUUGUCGAAAGAGACGCUGCAAAGUUUGCCAGAACGGCUACUUGAGUGGUAAGUUCAAUGGCCUCCCAACAGUGCUCAAUGUAUUCUGUCUACAUAUGUAGUUUUGGAUUGUGCUUCAUCUCGAUUGGUCUUUGGUCCAUUAGUCAAUCGCCUUUUGAGCACGGUGCAGCACGGAAAUCCUUUGAUGCAUGCAACUGUUUGGUGUUUCGGCUGCAGGAAGACUGGAUCACAUCUAGAAC